GGAUGAAGGAGAAGGGGGGGGACGGGGGGGGUUGGUGUUGCAGAUCCCCUCUCCCCCACUGCUGCACCCGCAGCAGGGGGAGGUAGGAGAAGGGGGGGGCGGGGGGGGCUGGUGCUGCAGAUCCCCUCCCCCCCACUGCUGCUCCACAAUCCUUCACCCCCCAGGGAUGGAGGAGGAAGGGGGGGUGGGGGGGGCUGGUGCUGCAGAUCCCCUCCUGCCUCCCCCUGAACCUCCAAGCUCCUCCCCCCCUCCCAACACAAGGAGAAGGGGGGGGACGGGGGGGGUUGGUGCUGCAGAUCCCCUCCCCCCCACUGCUGCACACGCAGCAGGGGGAGGUAGGAGAAGGGGGGGGCGGGGGGGGCUGGUGCUGCAGAUCCCCUCCCCCCCACUGCUGCUCCACAAUCCUUCACCCCCCAAAAAUGGAGGAGAAAGGGGGGCUGGGGGGGGCUGGGCACCGGGGCCGCGGUUAGGGGCGGCAGGUCGCGAGGGGCCAUGGCUAGGGGCGACGGGGCCAUGGCUAGGGACGGGGCCGGGCGCUGGGCAGGUACGGGGCCGGGCGCUGGGCGCGGAAUGGGGCCGGGCGCAGGCUAGGUACGGGGCCGGGCGCUGGGUUAGGGACGGGGCCGGGCGCUGGGCAGGUACGGGGCCAGGCGCUGGGCUAGGUACGGGCCGGGCGCGGGCUGGAUCGGGGCCAGGCGCUGGGCGAGGGACGGGGCCGGGCGCUGGGCGAAGGACGGGGCCGGGCGCGGGCUAG